AUGUACUCCGCUGGGACCAGACUCAAGAUCCGCGCUGAGUAUACCCCUCUGCAAUCUGAUGAUGGGGCAAAGACUGCACAGGAUGUGUUUGGAUCCUACGGCAAGAUCAUUCUUGUUAACCACCAUUAUAUGACUGGAACGUCGAUCCAGUCCUUGUCAUUUGACUUUGUGCUGGAGAUCCCACACUCCUCCCCCAACGACCUUGAGAUCCCCAGGGUGGCCCUCGUCGACACCAUGAAUUGUGCUCAAUAA